AUGGAAGAUCGAUGCGCGCCGUCGUUUUGUCCGUGCGGAUGCCACGCACCCGCGCCGACGAAGCCGGCCGAGCCGCCGUGCGAGCCGUGCUGUUGCUGUCAUUACAAUCCCUUCAGCGACAAUCCGAAAGAAUGGCUGAUGUACGAUCUGCCAUUCGCCCUGCGAAAGCUGACGGUAAUGAAGUGCCAGAUGAAGAAGUGGCGCAUGGAACGACUGCAGCUCGAGAGCGAAAAUAGGUCUCUGAAACAAGCCCUACAAUCGUUCGGUAUCAAUGCUCCACUCCAUAGUCGAAUCUUCCCGCUCUUUACUACUUGCUCUUUAUCCUGGUUCUCGCCUUACUGGCUCGAGCUACGCGAAUGGCACUUCUGUGUGAAGCCUAACGAGAUAUUGGCGCCUGAUCCCUUGCACGUGCAUUACCGCGAGGAAAACGAAAGGCUGCAGAAUGCAAAUGAGGAACUGACAGAAAAAGUUCAUGACCUCGAGGAGACCCUCGCUGAACGAGAUUGCUGCGACGAUCCAUGCGGGGAAGUUAAAUACGCGAGGGAGAGAAUAGCGGCGUUGAGAGAACGUUUUACCGACGAGAAAAAACGAAUGCGAGCCGAGAUAUCGUGUCUGAGGCUGAAAUUGGCGGAAGCCGAAGAGGAUACUUCCUGCGCGGCAUUAAAUCGUUUGAGAGCGAAGCUUCGCGAAUUAAUGAAAGAUGGUCAGAAGACCGAUCAACAGGUGCCGGUGUCAAAGAGCCUCGAGGAACCACGGGUCGCCGCCGUCGUGCCGGUGCCGGUUGAGGAAGAGCUCGACGACAGGUCGGCGUUGCUGAAUCGACUCCAGCACUGCGAGACGCUCGUGGCUGAAUUAACUGCGCAAUUGAACGAGAAAACGGCCCAAGCGGAGGUUCUGCAGAACGAACUGGAGGAAUGGAAACGUUCCGCCCCGGUAUUGGAAUUGGACCCGGAUCGAACGGUCGUCAGCUAUGAGACUCCUGAAGAUCAGUUGUUUGCAGUCGCCAAGGCGCACGACAAGUGA